AUGUUCAAGAGGACUCUCGCCCGACAGGCUGGACUGUGCAGCGCGCGGCGCGUUGCCUCUCCUGCUCUGCUGCGAUCAUCCAUCCGCCUACAGACCAAGCCAGUCAACAGGAUAGCCUCGAUCUCACGGAUAUCAGCCUAUACUCCCCUUGCGGUGCGCUCCUACUCAAGCGCCACUGCCGAGCAGGUAGAGCAAGACGUGGGGGCUCCGUCCGGCCCGAUCACACGAUUCGCCGACCUUGAAUCCCUCGGCGUUCAUGACACUCUCUUGAAGGCUAUCACUCAAGACAUGGGUUAUGAGACAAUGACGGAUGUUCAGUCAAUGACAAUCGCUCCGGGGCUAGCUGGCAAGGAUAUUGUCGCACAGGCGAAGACCGGUACCGGAAAGACGCUCGGCUUCCUGCUCCCAGUUCUGCAAAGAAUGAUCACCGAAGACGAACGAUUGGCUGAUCCGCGUCGAGGACGAGCAAGAGCAGACGACAUCCGCGCCAUCAUCGUGUCGCCCACUCGCGAGCUUGCCGAGCAAAUUGGCGCUGAAGCCCGAAAUCUCUGCCGACAUACUGGUAUUCGCGUACAAACAGCAGUUGGAGGUACUCAGAAGUCUGCUAUGUUGAGGAAAACCCGUUACGAUGGCUGCGAUCUCUUGGUUGCUACCCCAGGCCGCCUGUAUGACGUGCUCUCGGACGAUCACAGCGGUAUCGAUGCGCCAAUGCUGAGAAAUUUGGUGCUCGACGAGGCAGACCGCAUGCUGGAUGUCGGAUUUGACAAGGAGCUUCGAGAAAUCAUCAACCUGCUCCCUGAUCGUUCGCAAGUUCCUCGUCAAACUCUUCUCUUUUCUGCUACGAUUCCCAAGGAUGUGGUGCAGCUUGCCCGAACUUACGUUGAUGCCAACAACUUCCAAUUCGUCCAGACGAUCAAGGCCGAUGACACCCCGACACAUGAGAAGGUACCUCAACACAUUGUUUCUGUCAAGGGAUACGAGAAUCUGUUCCCGACACUCCUUGAGCUCGUUCACCGCGCACGAAGCGGCGAGCACGGUCCGGAACCAUUCAAGGCCAUAGUGUUCUUCUCGACCACUGCCAUGGUUGAGGUCGCUACAGAAGUGUUCAAUGUUCUCUACCGUACCCACAAAGAUCUGCCGCCAGUUUUCGACAUCCACUCGAAGAAGACCCAGGCUCAGAGGACCUCGGCCGCCACGCAUUUCCGACGUGCUACUUCCGCCAUUCUACUUUCUUCCGAUGUGACGGCAAGAGGCAUGGAUUUCCCCAACGUCAGUCACGUCAUACAAGUUGGCGUUCCCCCUAGCCGAGAGCAGUACAUUCACCGAAUCGGAAGAACCGGAAGAGCGAACAAGUCUGGUCAAGGAUGGCUGAUUGUAUCUGAGAAGGAUCUGCCCUACGCGAGGCGGGAGUUGCCUGGCCUUCCCAUCAAGCGCCACGACGGGCUCGAGAGCGCUGAGGUCCACGUUGCCAUCACGGACGAGUCGGCGCUGCCGGAGCACGUUACUCGCGUUAACGAUGCUAUGAAGAAGAUUUCGAAGGACGUGCUUCACCAUGCAUAUUUCGCAUCGUUGUCAGCAAUGAAGAACGGCGACGUUCAGGACACAGUCGAUCAGCUCAAUGACUGGGUACAGCAUGCAUGGGGCUGGGAAGAACCGCCUGCCAUGUCCGCCCACACGGCUAAGCUGCGUGGCCUGACCAGGGUUCGGGGUCUCAACAUCGCCCAGAGCUCUCGAGACCGCAGAUCAGGCGAUGAUCGACGAGGUGAUGAUCGACGAGGUGAUGAUCGACGAGGUGAUGACCGACGAGGCGACGACCGGCGGGGUGGCUUCCGCGACGACAGACGCGGAAGAGGUGGCGACAGGUUCGACAGCCUGUCCAACCGAUUCGAGAGACGGGACAAUCGCUACCAGCAGCGCUCUUCUUUCUAG